AUGGAGCUCACCAUGGACAGCCUCCAUCCGCAGCAAACGGGGGACCUCAUGAGUUCCCCUCACUCACGCCCGUCGCCGCCUCCUCGGAGCCUGGUGUCCCACAGUGCGCGCUCUUCGGCCAUGGUGUCUGGAAUGGCUUCGCUGUUGGAUGCUGGGGGUUCCGGCGGCGACUACAGGACUGACCCCUCCGCGCUGCCCGCACACAUCCACGGGCCGUCCAUCAGCAUGUGCGACUCGGGCAUGAGCCUAAGCAACACAUACACCACACUUACCCCGCUCCAACACCUGCCCCCGAUCUCCACGGUGUCCGAGAAGUUUCAUCACCCGCAUCACCACCAUCACCAACGGCUGUCCAGCAACGUGAGCGGCAGUUUUACCCUUAUGCGGGAUGACCACCGAGGAUUGGCUUCCAUGGGGAACCUCUACAGCCACUAUCCCAAAGACAUGUCCGGCAUGGGCCACAGUUCGCUGUCGCCUCUGUCCAGCGGCUUAGGUUCUUUGCACAACGCCCAGCAGCCACUCUCGGCAUACGGGCCGAGCACGCACCUUUCCACGGAGGCGAAGAUGCUUCCCCCAAGCUUUGAGUCCCACGCGUCUUUGCUCUCCCGAAGUGACCAAGAGCACCUCGCUCGGAGUUUAGGCGGCCACAGCCACGGCAUGAUCUCCAACUUGAACGGCAUGCACCAUCACCCGCACAGCCACCUCCACUCGCAGUCUAAUGGAGCGGUGAUGGAGAGGCACCACCACACGCAUGGAGGCGGGCAGGGGACAGCCGGGUCGGGGAUUCAAGCAGAAGAGAUCAAUACGAAGGAAGUAGCGCAGCGGAUAACGGCAGAGCUGAAGAGGUACUCCAUCCCACAGGCCAUUUUUGCCCAGAGGAUCCUGAGCCGCUCACAGGGGACUCUCUCCGACCUGCUGAGGAACCCCAAGCCGUGGAGUAAACUCAAGUCCGGCAGAGAGACCUUUAGAAGAAUGUGGAAGUGGCUCCAGGAGCCCGAGUUUCAGCGGAUGUCUGCUCUCCGUUUAGCAGCAUGUAAACGUAAAGAGGAGGACCGAGGACGCGAGCGCAGCCAGGUUCCCAAGAAGCAGCGGCUCGUGUUCACAGACCUCCAGCGGCGCACGCUGGUAGCCAUCUUCCGAGAAAACCGGCGCCCGUCGAAGGAGAUGCAGCUGACCAUCUCACAGCAGCUGGGCCUGGAGCUCUCCACCGUUUCCAACUUCUUCAUGAACUCCCGCCGCCGCUGUCCGGACCGCUGGGACGCGGACGAGCACGGCCACGGCGUGCACGGCCACGUACACGCGUCCCACGGGAACAACGCCUCACCAAUCCAACCCGGGACCUCAUCUGCGACCACGUUCUCCAAAGCCUGA